AUGUCGAGGAGACUCACGCACGGCAUGGCAGAAACGCAGCCCACUCCUCCACGACUGUCGUCUAGCAUUGUCAUUGUUGAUGGAAACAACGAGAUAUUACUCGUCCAGAGGAACCCCAAGUCGCAGUCAUACGCUGGCACUCAUGUGUUCCCAGGUGGAAACUAUGAUCUAACACAGGACGAAUCCAUUCAGAUGACUGGAAUUCGGGAGGUCUUCGAGGAGACGGGCCUGCUCCUCGCCUCGCCGGCGCCGGGUCGAGCACUUCCAUCCGACAACGAGCUCGACGAGGCUCGAGAGGCCGUCCACGCGCAGAAACGCCUCUUUCGGGACUUCCUUGCGCAGUCUGGUUUCACUGCAGACUGCGAAGGUAUUCCUCCGAGUCUCAUUCAGAGCGACUCACCGCCAUUCUGA